ACCAGACCGGUGUUGGAGAGAGAACACAACGGAUAAUACAAGUGCGAAUGCCGUGUACCGACAAAGUGACGCAAUAAGCUUUCCCCUGACUGGGCAAGCGAGUAGCGUUGACGCAGCCACAACGUUCUAGUGUUACCAUCCACCGCGUGACGCUGAAGCCGUGGUGCCCUUGCGCAGCUUAUCACGGGGACCGUCUCAAACAUAUUUUCGUAGGUAACUUUCCUCAAGGAAUUUAAUGAGCCCGGAAUCAGCGUCCAGCUGGGUUCGUUUUUGUGAGUACGAACAGUACUGUAAAAAUGUAUGUGCAAGUUACAUUGCCGCAGAAAAUGAAAACAGAAUUAUGCAAUAAUGAAAUUUGAGAAGCCCCCUUAUCGGAGCAGAGUGAAGCACAACGAAGUCGUUUGUUGAUUGUGAGACUGUCAUCGAACCACGCUCACCACUGAACUAAUGACUGUGUCAACAUAUGUCCACAGCUAGUUUCAAAACGAUAUCCAGCGUUGGGGACAUGGAGGUGAGAGACCUCUGGACUGACGGCGACUGUCAGUGGAACUGCUCCGGCCAUGGAGCUUGUCAGCAGGGCCAGUGUGUCUGUCUGGUUCAGUACGCUGGCACGGGCUGCGAGGAGGUAAAUCGCAAGUACUUUCUGGCGUUCGGCUCCAUCUUUACCUGUGUGUGCUGCGUCGUCACCAUCCAGUUGCUGUUGUGUAUUGUGUGCGAGUAUCAGCGGGAGAAGAAGUCGUGGCGGAGUGCGUGUGGCGUCACGGUGCAGAAGCUCUUGUAUCUUCUUGUUAUAUGUGCCUCCGCGCUCAGAGGGGCCUACUUUCUGUGUAAGUGGCGGGUGUCGGAGUACGUCGCCUCCUGUCUGUGGAGCGGUUACUUCCCCUUCCUCAUCACUGGCUUUUCUCUCAUCAUCUGCUCCUGGGCCGAGGACGUCCACGUGAACCGCAGCCAGACGCCACGGUUCCUCAGCAAGUCGGUGUUGGCGUUCGUCCUCUUCAACGUCGUGCUCUACCUGUUGUUGUGUACCGUCCUCCUCCUCACAGAGAUCGUGCCCAACGACGAGGUGAAGGACCUGCAUCUCAAGGCAUACAACGGCGCCGUAGCUGUCCUCCUCAUCAUCCUCGUCGUCAUCUUCCUCAUCUACGGCGUUGAACUUUACUUCAAGGUGCACGGGGCGUUCAUGGAGGAUGGCGUGGAGUUGGACCCCCACCAGGUGGCCAUGUCGAGACUCGGGCUCCUCUCCCAGGCCUUCCUGCAGUUCCUCAUGGGCAUCUUCCUCGUCACUGACGUCAUCACUGACCACUGGAAAAAUGUUAUGACGAUCCUGGAACUGAACUAUUACGAUCUGGUGUUCCGGGUGGUGGAGUUCGGGGUGGUCAUCUGGUUCCCCUGCGUCCUCUGGAACUACCGCAAGCCCGAGACAUUGUGGGUGUUGAAUCCUCGCCGGAUUCUGAGGACACUGGACUUGCACUCUGACGUGGGCGAGAGGACGGCCCUGUGCCCUGACCAGUACACGUCCGGCUACAGCACGUUCAAGAGGGAAGACUCGGUCGCCAGUUCUCUAGGUCAGUAUGACUGCUGGAUUUGCUACGACCCGGACCGGACGGACGCCGGACCUCUCCUGCAACCCUGUGCUUGUAGGGGAGAUGUAGCCACAGUGCAUCACAACUGUCUACACAAGUGGCUUGUUGAGAAUGCGGAACAUGAACAUACCCCAACAUGCAAAGUCUGCAAUGUGGAGUACCGGGUGCAGUACGUCAGCACGUGGCUGCCUCGAGGGAUGGGGUCUCGGCGCCUUGCCAUCCUCAUCGUGCUGUUGUUGUCGAUGCUGGGGAGCCCGGUGCUGUCCUACUUCAUCUGCCAUCUUGACACCUACAUCUACCUCAAGAUUCUCAUCACUGGAAGUACAGUCAUCUUAGAACUGUUUGCACUCAAGGUGCUGUCUGUGACACUAGUAGCCAUUGGGAACCGAGUCCGGGUGGCUUCCAUGAAAAUAAUCGGGAAGGAAAUGACGAAACCUGAUCCUGAAACCAAGCGAAGGACAACGCUUGUAAGACAAAGGGAGGUAACUCAACAACACUCGGAGGCCAGCGGGGAACUGAAGUCUCAGUGUACAGUUGAAACUCACGCAGAGGUUCAUAGAUAAAACUAUUGACGGUAUGUUUUCUGUGACGGAUCUAGGUACAUGGACCGUUUCCUUGAGAUUACCAUUGUUUGAAAUGCUGCCGUCAAGUUUCGUGACAAAUGACAUUCCCAGCACCUAUGAUUUGAAUCCCCCAAAUCCCCAAUGACUGCUUUGUUGUCAGACCCGUGAAGAUUCCGGGGUAGAAUAGGUCUUCAGCAACCCAUGCUUGCCGUAAAAGGUGACUAUGCUUGUCGUAAAAGGCGACUAACGGGAUCGGGUGGUCAGGAUCGCUGACUUG